AUGUUCACCUUCACCUCAUGGUCAACGAGCUAUAUAGUGAGAUGGAAAGCUCCGCCGAGAUCCUCUUGGCCAGUAAUAAAAUCCUCCGAUCCCAGCUCACGCACCUACUUCGACUCGUGUCCCUAUCGACUGCCGCUCUUCCGGAAAUUGACUAUCGUAUCAGUCGUAUUGAGAUCGAGCACCAUAAUGACACCAUCUAGAUUGAAGAAACCAAAGGACCCCCAAUAUCUGCGUAAGUGCAUUUCACCACAAUUAGCAAUCUAUUACUUCAUGGCGCUGACGGCAAUAGGGAUACUCCCGGCGGAGUUCAAGCUUCAUGACAGUGUCGUGGACGGCCAUGAAAGCAUCCUAAGCAUGUGGCGUCAACUAUCCUUCACAGAAAAGAUGUAUAAUCUCGUAGGAAAUGAUUCCCUCUACUACGGGUCAUGGUUGAGUCAUCUGGACACUCAGUGCACCAUCUAUCAAGAUGCUGGAGCAUUCGAGUUCUUGAACGCCGAGCCCUUCGAUGGAAAAUAUUGGCACGACAAGUUUUGCGCGCAGGAACGCUUCUACAAAGCCGCCGGAAUCGAAAGCUCUGGGGAUUUCCUUUUCUUCAACCACAUACUGAAAGCACUGAAAGAGGUUGGCUUGGAUAUACAUGGCGGCCUGACCAGACUAGCCCAGGUGUGGAAGAGCAGUGUCGGCAAAGGUCUCGCGUUCCCUACCACAUGCAUCACUGUCCGAAACAGUGAAAAGGCGCGCAAGUAUAUCGAUAUAGGUAUAAUUGUUCUCUCCGAUUCUCAGGUGGAUAUGGACCGCGCGGUAGAUCAUCAUGGAGCUUGCAAGAACGCCACGCGCAUAUCAGCAUUGGUUGCUAGGGAUGACUGGGAAAUGGAGGAAGACUGGGGAGUAGCCAAGUGGGCUGUUAUGAGGAGUAUAUCUCCAGGAGACCUCUACGACACGGUCUGGGAGUACGAGAGGGAGAAAUUCAGAUUCGAAGUCUUGAAAAGAUUCCAGAAAAUCGAACAAAACGCUAGGAAGCAGAUGGACGGAGACUCUCAGUCUACUACCGAUGAAGAGAUGCAGUGCUCCUCGGUUCGACCAACCAAGCGCGCUAGGGUUUUGAGGUGA